AUGCUACCAACUACAACAACGACAAUGAAUAAUUCACAUGCUUCCUUAGUCAAAUUUCGACGAUACCCACCAAAAAUAUCUGAUAAUACAGUGGAACGAUGUUAUUUUGUACUAAUUCAUUUUUUCUUCUAUGCUAUUAUGUUACUCAUUGUCUAUAUUCGACUUCAGGAAUUUAGUAGUAGACAAGAAGCAAUAAUCACUGUUAUUAAUGCAAAUCAUAAUUUAAAUUCUCAUCAUACUCCUCGCGAUCAAUGGAAUAAUCAAAAAUUUAGUAGUAGUACCAAUUGUUCUUGCCAUAUAUUUUUACAUCCAACACAAGAUCCAACUACACAAUGUUUAGAAUUACAUUUUGGAUUAAAUGAAACAAUAUCGAAUGUUUUCUGUCCGAUACUACGUAAUGAUCAAGAAUAUUAUGAAUGGGUUGUUGUUCAAAGUCGACAAACUAAUUCAAUUAGUUUUAAUCGAUCUUGGCUCGAAUAUCGGCGAGGCUUUGGCAAUAGUUUAAAUCAAACUGACUUUUGGAUUGGAAAUGAAAAUCUCUAUUGGUUAACUAAUAAUUAUCAAUGUCGUCUUAAAAUUGAAUUAACCGAUUGGUACAAUGAAACUCGUGUAGCAACCUAUGAAUUAUUUCGAAUUUCAAAUCAAAGAGAUGAAUAUAGAUUGCAAAUCGGAGAAUAUAACGGAACUAUGGAACCGUAUAAUAAGGCUGAUAGUUUUUCUCGUUGGCAUCAUAAUUUUCCGUUUUCAACUUACGAUCAUUAUGCUGUAGAAAAUGUUAAUUGUUCGAACUUACAUGGCGGUGUUGGUUGGUGGUUUCAUUCCGGUACAGAAUGCGCACACGUACAACUGAAUGGACGUUUACCCACACGUACCGAUGGACUUGUACCAUUGAAUACAGGCAUUCUAUGGAUAGGCUGGAGAACUGAUCGACACUAUUCAUUUCAACAUGUUCGUAUGUUAAUUCAACCGAAAUUCAAACUUCAUCGUCGUCGACGACGACGACGACGACGAUAA